AUGGAGGACAGAAUACAGUUCGAUAUCAACGAGUCGCUCAAGUAUUACUUGAGUGACCCGGCCUCUAUUCCGACCCCCGAUGCAGAUCCAGAGCUGCUGGACUGCGAGUCCGAUCCGAAUCAGCUGUCGACGGCGCUGAUUGACAAUGUCUUGAACCCAAUCGUGGACGCAGUCGCGGAGAACCCAGAAGGAUUGACGAGAUCAUCUUUCUUCGAAUCACUGCAAUUCCUGUUAAAGUGCGCCCCAGUCCCUUCCCAAGUCCCCCGCGGAGGCUUCAACCCGCAUGAAACCGACUCUGAACUUUUGAACCCUUGCAGAUACACGAGUUUCCUCCCCACGAGAUCCCUGAGCAAAGUCCUCGACCUGAUCGUCUCCGGAUUGUCUGUUGAAGCAGAUAUUAUUCAUGGCGACCUCGAAUCCGACGAACAAGAGGCGAUUCAACACCACAAGCAGCUCCUGGAGAUGUACGGCUUUCUCCUUCAGUGGGCUCUGUCUGCCGUUGAGGUAAAGGCGGCAGAAAAGCCUGCAGAGUCUGCACCCGCGCGACGAGGCGGACCCAAGUCUAAGUCAAAAUCUGCCAAGGAUGGACAGUGGGACUGGACUCCCCAAAUUCAGAUCUCCAUGGAGACUAUGUGCAAGGUGAUGAAACUUAAGCUCGGCCGUAUCUUUCUGACUACUUCGGACCGCGACACCUUCAUUACUCUGUUUACGCGCACAAUCUAUUUGGUCCUCGAAAGCGAACAGCGAGUGAAGAGCAUGGCUAUCCGCAUGCAUGCCUUCAAGGUUCUUUGUAUUGCGGUUAAGCACCACGGCCAUGCAUUCGGCGCGCAAACCUCGAUUGUGCAAAGCUUGACCUACUUCGAACAUCUGUCUGAACCUAUGGCUGAAUUCCUUCACAUUCUCGCGGAGCAAUAUGAUUACCCCCAGCUUUCGGAUGAGAUUCUAAAGGAGCUUGGAAACAAAGAGUUUAAUUCGAACGAUACACGAGGGCCAAAAUCUGUUUCUGCAUUCAUUAUCAAGUUGUCUGAGCUUGCCCCAAGAUUGAUCAUUAAGCAAAUGACUCUUCUGGCCAAACAGCUUGACAGCGAGUGCCUCAAGGCCUAUACUCUUCGAUGCGCCGUCAUUGAAGUCUGCGGUAACCUUAUCUCCGACUUGAGUCGACAAGAAGAGCCCAGCGAAAACUCCAAGACUCAGAUCAAUGCGUUCUUCGAUGUAUUGGAAGAGCGUUUCCUCGACAUUAACCCUUACUGCCGUUGCCGAGCGAUUCAGGUUCUGAUGAGGAUCUGCGACUUGGAGCAGAAGUUUCCCAAGAGACGACAGGCUGCUGCCCAGCUGGCUGCGAGAAGUUUGGAAGACAAAAGCAGCAACGUUCGGCGGAACGCAAUCAAACUCCUGUCCAAGUUGGUAGCUACUCACCCAUUCAGUGUAAUGCACGGUGGCCAACUCUCAUACAAAGAGUGGACCGACAGACUAGACGGUGUUGACCAAGAGCUGAACGCACUGCGACCCGCGGAGACUCCUGGUUUCGACGGAGACGCCACGACAGUUGAUCCUGAACUGCUAGAUGAUGCAACCCAGAUGCCGGACGACUCACCUUCGAAAGCACCCCGAAUGACGGAGGAGGAGAAGGACGCGGCGAUGCAAAAAGCAGCUGAGCAGGCCGCCACAUCCGAGCUGUUAACUCGCCUGCAGCUUACAAGGAAAUAUUACAAUGAGGCCAUUCGGUUCAUUGAAGUUCUCCACUCGGCUUCCACCAUUGUCUCUCAAUUGCUUUCAUCUCGAAACAAGAGCGAGGUCAUUGAGGCCAUGGACUUCUUCGUCAUGCUUGAUGCCUACAAGGUUGAGACAGCCCGUAGUGGCAUUCGACGUAUGCUCCGUCUGAUCUGGACCAAGGGCAAUAGCGAUGAGGGCAAAGGUGUCCAGACUCACCUGAUUGAUUGCUACAAGGGCCUCUUCUUCGAUGCACCUGACUCCUUCAGCCCCAAUGAUGCGGCGAACUAUAUUGCUCGAAACAUGAUCAGUUUGACUUUUGGAUCAACUCCGGCGGAGCUCACAUGUCUUGAGCAGCUGCUCAGCACGAUGAUGAAGGCUGGUCAUAUCUCAGAGGCAGUAAUCGCGAAGUUGUGGCAGGUCUACAGCAUUCAGAAGAAGGAGAUCUCGAAGACUCAGCGCCGUGGCUCUAUCAUCGUUCUCGGAAUGCUAGCGCUGGCGGACCCCGAGGUGGUUGUAAAGGAGAUUGAGGCGAUGCUGCGCAUUGGUCUGGGUGGUUUGGGGAGAUCCGAUCUUGUGCUCGCAAAAUACACUUGUAUUGCUCUCCGGCGCAUGGUCCCUGGCCGUCAGGCCAAGUCGAAGGAUGUCGUCACUGUACCCAAGCUCGCCAAUGAUCACUCGGCCCUAAUCAAACUUGCUGCCAUCCUCGAGAUCGUUUCCGAAAGCAAGGAAUGGUACGGUGUGGCCGAGCAGGCUAUCAGUGCUAUCUACGCUCUGUCCAAGCACCCUGAUGUUCUCUGUUCGGACAUUCUCCGACGCAAGACUCGAUUUGUCUUCCAGCCGCACCUUCAACGGCCGUCGUCUUCACACACCACCGCCAGCGGCGAAGAACAACGGCCAGGUACUGCCGAUACCCAGGAACAGAAUGCAAAACGGAAGCCGUCAUCCGCUGCUCUCUCGCAACUCCUGUAUGUCGUUGGUCACAUUGCUAUUAAGCAGAUCGUGCAUCUUGAGCUGUGUGAAUUGGACUUCAAGCGCCGCAAAGCUGAGCAGGAGAAGACCAAGACAGCAGAGACUGCUGCUCAAAAGAAUGGCGAAAAUGCGGAAGCCGAUGAGCUGGAUCUUAUUGGAGGAACCACGGAAGAUGAUUUCCAAGACGCGAUGGCCCACAUCCGAGAGCGUGAGCUUCUGUACGGAGAAAACUCGCUGCUCGCGAAGUUCGGUCCGUUGGUGGCGGAGAUCUGUGCAAACAACAAUGCCUAUGCGGAUCGUGACCUGCAGGCAGCAGCAACUCUGUGCAUGGCGAAGCUUAUGUGUGUUUCUGCCGAGUAUUGUGAGAAAAACCUCCCGCUCCUAAUCACAAUCAUGGAGCGCUCUGAAGACCCGAUUGUGCGCAGCAAUGCUGUCAUCGCGCUUGGCGAUAUGGCCGUCUGCUUCAACCACCUCAUCGACGAAAACACUGAUUUCCUGUACCGCCGUCUCAAUGACGACGAGGCCUCCGUUAAGCGUACUUGUCUCAUGACCCUGACUUUCCUGAUUCUUGCCGGCCAGGUCAAGGUCAAGGGCCAGCUUGGCGAGAUGGCCAAGUGCCUGGAGGACGAUGACAAGAAGAUUGCCGAUCUGGCCCGUAUGUUCUUCACGGAGUUGGCCACCAAGGAUAAUGCCGUGUACAACCACUUCGUCGACAUGUUCAGUCUGCUGAGUGCCGAAAGGAACUUGGAGGAGGCUUCUCUGCGGCGCAUUGUCAAGUUUCUCAUUGGUUUCGUCGAGAAAGAAAAACACGCCCGCCAGCUCUCAGACAAGCUGGCUGCUCGUCUCCCGCGCUGCGAGACCGAGCGCCAGUGGAACGAUGUCGCCUACGCGCUAUCAUUGCUGCCGCAUAAGAACGAGGAGAUCGCCAAGACCGUCACCGCUGGGUUUAACAAGGUGGUUAGUGCGCCGGCGAGCGCGCCUGCCAGCACACCCGCCAGCACGGCGCCUGUUAUUGCAUCGGCUUAG